AAACUCUGAGAAAUGAUAGCGAUAACCAGUUGCGGGUACGUGUGAUAAGGAUAUAAAACAACGUGAUACACAUUAGCUGAGAUAAGAAAGAAAAAUAAAUGAGAGAGGGUUCAAGUCUAGCUGAUAGAGUUGCCAGAGGAAUCAAGAGUUAAGAGGUGAGGGUAUAAAGCUAUUUUCAAUCCUACAUAAAAACGUCAUGGCAGCUUGCAGAGUGUUUUUUAAAAAAGCUGACCACUGUUUGUUAAACAAUGUCCUGUUAUUAAAUUAGCAGAGUUACUAAUGAAUUUUAAUUGAAAAUUAAGUGGACAUGAGUUAUUUGUUGUUAAAAAUGUAUCUCUGUGUAUGCAAAUUACCGGCAAGACGUUCAAAGUCCAUGUUUGUCAGGACUAACCUAAAAUCGUCAUGCUCAAUCAGCUCAACACAACCUUUGGAUUUAACGUCUGUAUUAAACGUCUUCAUGUAGGAACUACGUGUGAUCUUUUAUCUGGAGUAUGUAUAAUGGAUUUAUUUAAUGUAAUUACGAUAAUCUACUCGAAUACAUGGAACCUAAAUUGAUAAAAAAUAUAUGUAUGUACUUAUGUAUACAUUAAAUAGAGGGAAUAAUUUUAUUAGCAACGACAAUGACGUUAAAUAUAAAAAUAUAUGUCAGCAGUUUGGUAUCAGAGUUGGUGAUGGUGCUGUUGGAUUUGUGAAUAAAAUUAAAAAUAGUGAUGAGACUUGAAUUGGUGAUUACAAUUGGCUAUGAAGAAAUAUUCACCGAUAUAUACCACAAGUUUUAAAUACGUAAUUGCUGAGUCUGCAUAUAUGUAUUGUUAUUAUAAAAAGCGGAUGCUACGUGUCGUGUUUUGUAGCCUACAGAAGUCAAGUACUUCAGGGACUACUGAAUAUUCUGCUUCGAUUUAUCAAAGCAAUAUCUCGCAAUGGAGUCAAUUUUCAUCUAGUAUAAUUCAAUCGCCAUCUACUCUGAGAUUAUUAAUAUUAAUACUCGCAAUUAUUUUUUACUAUAAAUAUUGCAAUGCAUUUUCAAUAUAGCACAGUGAUUUUAAAUAUUAUUAUUAUUAUUAUCAGUAAUAAUAUUAAUAAAAAACGACAGACAAUACUAUAAAUUAAAUGUAAUCGUGAGUGUAAAUUAACGAGUUAAAUAACAAAUAAUUAAUAAAUAAAUAUGCAAGCCAAAAAACGGUACUUACUACUAUUUGUCACGUGCGCGUUUCUUGGCUACUGCUACUUUGGUGGCUACAGAUUAAAAAGUAAAAGGCGCAGUGAAAUAACACACGAUUACUGGGAAAAAUUUCCAUCUUAUUUGUCUAUUAAUGAAGAAUUUUAUGAUAAGGAUAUUAAAAUUUCAAAUGGUAAAUUGUCAGUAGUUCAUCCUGCCCGACAAUGCCGCAUGGAGACUUGUUUUGACUACACGAGAUGCAAGCAAGGAUUUACUGUUUACGUUUAUCCUAUAGAAGACACCAUCAGUCCUUUGUACCAAAAAAUAUUAAAUGUUAUAACCGAGUCGCGUUACUAUACGACAGAUCCAGCACGCGCGUGCAUACUCGUACUGGCGCUGGAUACGCUGGAUCGUGAUCCUCUGUCUACUGAGUUUGUUCACAACUUACCGUCAAAACUUGUGCGCCUCCCGUACUGGAACGAAGGACGCAAUCACCUCAUAUUCAAUUUGUACUCCGGGACUUGGCCGGACUACGUCGAGGAUGCGUUGGCUUUCAACAUCGGGUACGCGAUGUUGGCAAAAGCCAGUAUGUCCACCAGCGUACUCAGGCCGAAUUUCGAUGUCUCGAUACCGCUCUUUGGUAAACAGCAUCCGGAGCGCGGUGGGGAACCUGGUCAGGCGUCGGAAAAUAAUUUUCCGAGCAACAAAAAAUACCUCGCGGCAUUCAAGGGUAAAAGAUACGUACACGGCAUUGGUUCGGAAACGAGAAAUGCACUUUAUCAUCUUCACAAUGGCAAGGACCUGGUCUUCGUUACGACUUGUAGGCAUGGUAAAUCCUGGAGAGAACUACAGGAUGAACAUUGCCAGCAGGAUAACCAAGAAUAUGAUACGUACGAUUAUGAGGUUUUACUGUUGAACUCAACGUUUUGUUUAGUACCGAGAGGACGUAGGCUUGGGAGUUUUAGAUUUCUAGAAGCUCUAAAAGCCGGAUGUAUUCCAGUUAUUCUGAGCAAUGGGUGGGCCUUGGCGUUUCACGAUCGUAUUGACUGGAAUCAAGCUGUUAUAUUUACAGACGAACGAUUGUUAUUUCAAAUUCCUGACAUACUGCGCUCUAUUUCAAACACGCAAAUUCUUAAAUUAAGACAGCAAACACAAUUUUUGUGGGAGCGAUACUUUUCUUCAAUUGAAAAAAUAAUUUUCACAGUAUUUGAAAAUAUUCGUGAACGGUUGCCUUGGGAAGGCGCGCGUGAAAAAUUAAUGUGGAAUACAUAUCCUGGUGCAUUGGCCAUCCUGCCUCAGUUUGCUGACAGUCAGCAGGAGCUUCCGUUUUCUAAUAAUGAUCCGGGCAAUGCAUUUACUGCCAUUAUUUAUUCUCAGUUAGGAUCCACGGCUGUUCUUUAUCGCUUACUUCGAAGUGUUGCCAAGAGCAAAUAUUUAGAUAAGAUUAUUUUAAUGUGGAAUUCUGACAUUCCUGUACCAAGAAGACCGCGCUGGCAGGGCAUAAAAGUAACGAUCACAGUGAUAGUAGCGAGCAGUAUCUCCCAGCGCUUCUAUCCCUAUCCUCAGAUCGAAACUAGUGCCAUAUUAUCGUUGGACGAGGACGUAACUCUCAAUACAGACGAAAUAGACUUUGCAUUCGUCGUCUGGCAGUCAUUUCCUGAUCGGAUAGUCGGGUAUCCGGCGAGAUCUCACUAUUGGGACGACUCCAAGAGAUCGUGGGGCUACACCAGCAAAUGGACAAACGACUACAGCAUAGUGUUGACGGGAGCAGCUUUUUACCAUCGUUAUUAUAAUACUCUAUACACGGAAUCACUGAGCUCGACGCUACAUAAAACGGUCGAGCAGUCGCAGAAUUGCGAAGACAUACUUAUGAAUUUUUUGGUGAGCCAUGUGACAAGACGGCCGCCUAUUAAAGUGACUCAGCGUAAACUUUACAAAGAUACCACGGCAGCUGGAAUUAGGUCCUCGUGGAAUGACCCAGAUCACUUUACUCAGCGGCAGACCUGCAUGAAUACUUUUGUGGCCGUUUUCGGUUACAUGCCUUUGCUGCGCUCCAACAUGAGACUGGAUCCUGUGUUAUUUAAAGACCCGGUUAGCAAUUUACGUAAAAAAUAUCGACAAAUUGAAUUAGUUAGUAACUGAAUUUAUUAACGAACAAAUUAAUAAUAAUUAUAAUAAUAAUAAUAAUAAUAAUAAUAAUAAUAAUAAUAAUAAUAAUAAUAAUAAUAAUAAUAAUAAUAAUAAUAAUAAUAAUAACAGUAAUAAUAUAAAUUAAAUGGAGAUUACUCAAUGAAAGGGUAUCGCCGGGUGUUUGCUGGUAGAGCCAUAAUUAACUUGUCAAUAAUAAGCUCGAUAUCGCGAGUGAACUGAUAAUGAUAAUGAUAAUGACGUUGAUGGAUAAGAUUGUUCGAAGAAACAAUGCAUUUUUUAAUAUGAAUAUGAACAAAAUAUUUUUUUCGACACAUUUGUUACUAUGAGAUUAAUACACUUCGAUCAAAAAAUCAUUUUAAUCAUUCCGCGACUUUGUUAUAAAUUUUUUCAUUGCUAAAUAUAAAUAAAUAUAUAUAUAUAUAUAUUAAUAUAAAUAUAAAUACACUAAUUUACGGUGAAAUAUAUGUCCCGUGUGAUAUUUCAUCAGGGCCAUCAUAAUAUAUUAAGUUGUGUAAAUAAAUAAAAAAUCGUUUCAUAGCCAUUA